AUGCGACUUCUCCAGCUGCAAAAUGGUGUUUUGAGCCUGACUAAAAAUUUUGAUGAUGAUAUUCCUCCAUACGCAAUACUCUCACAUACAUGGGGGGAAGAUGAUCAGGAGGUCACGUUGCGGGAUGUUGUGCAGGGAAAAGCCAAAGGCAAAGAGGGAUAUCGGAAGAUUCAGUUUUGUGGCAAGCAAGCUACCUCGGACGGACUUCACUAUUUCUGGGUAGACGCCUGCUGUAUCGACAAGUCAAGCAGCGCUGAGCUUCAAGAGUCUCUCAACUCCAUGUUUCGCUGGUAUCAAAAUGCCGCGAAAUGCUACGUGUACUUGGCAGAUGUUCCAAGGAAGGCCGAGGUCGAUGACCUACGUCGAGCAGACUGGAAGUUAGACUUGCGGACAAGCAGAUGGUUCCGUCGAGGCUGGACACUUCAAGAGCUACUUGCUCCAUCAAUAGUGGACUUUUAUUCGUCUAAUGGGGAAAGGCUGGGUGAUAAAACAUCGCUGGAGUCACUACUAAGCGAAAUCACUGAGAUCCCCGCCCCAGCCCUUCGAAACAAUCAGCUAUCGACAUUUAGUGUGGAAGAGCGGAUGUUGUGGAUAAAACAUCGUGACACCAAGAAGGCAGAAGAUAUGGCUUACUCUUUAUUCGGCAUCUUUGACGUUCAAAUCCCGUUGCUUUACGGCGAAGGGAAAGAAAAAGCGUUUGGGCGGCUUCGACGGGAAAUUGACAACCAUGAUUACCAAACGAGGGUAGUCAGCAAAUUGCCGAUUGCCUAUGGAGCUGCCUUUGAUUCACACGCUGAAGAACACAAUCCUACAUGUUUGAAAGGCACUCGAGUUGAACUACUCUCUCAGAUAUCCAAAUGGGCUGAUGAUCCGCAAACCGAGGCAUUGUUUUGGCUUAAUGGCAUGGCGGGCACAGGGAAAUCAACUAUUUCGCGCACACUAGCAUCGUCUCAUCAUGUAGAUGGCCGUCUUGCUGCCAGCUUUUUCUUCAAGAAAGGUGAAGCUGAUCGAGGAGGGGUUUCGAAGUUUUUCACCACCAUUGCGGCUCAGCUGGCCCGAUAUAUUCCAGCAACUGCGCAGCAUAUCCACAGCAACAUCAGUGCAGAUCCUGCCAUAGUGGAAAAAGCAAUGCCAGUGCAAUUUGAAAAGCUCAUUUUGCAGCCUCUAAUAGCUAGUAGGGCUGCGAGACUACCAGCUCCUUCAAACCUAAUCAUCGUUGAUGCUCUUGACGAAUGUGAAGUUGAGAAAGACAUGACGCUGAUCAUCAAACUUUUUUCUGAUACUAGGCGAAAGGCUCCUGGAUUGAAGGUUUUCAUUACCAGCAGGCCCGAGCUACCCAUUCGACUUGGCUUUAAAGCUACCAAAGGCGCCUAUGAUAAGGUGAUCCUUCAUGAAAUAGCUGACUCGGUGAUCAAACAUGACAUAGCUGCUUUCCUUGCGCAUGGGCUAGAACAGAUAAGGUACGACUACAACGAGUCUGUCGAAGAACAGGAACGACAGUUGCCAGCCACCUGGCCUACACAACAAGAUAGCCAGGAUUUGGUCAAGAUGACAGUGCCACUUUUCAUUUCCGCGGCGACGGUCUGUCUCUUUAUCGCAGAUCGAGUAGGUGGCAACCCUCGGAAAAAACUUGAAAAGAUUUUGAUGAACAAAGCACGAGCUCAAGGAUCCAAGCUUGAUACUAUGUACUUAAUAGUCCUUGAGCAGCUACUUGCAGGUCUUUCCGACAAAGAUUCACAGGAGGUUUUAGCGCAAUUCCGAAAAGUCGUUGGUUCUAUCGUCGUUCUUGCGACUCCUCUGUCCCCAUCUGCAUUGGCACGAUUACUUGAGCUACCGAUUGAGGAUGUUUCAGACCUUCUGGACCUUUUACAUUCGGUUCUCAGCGUUCCGUCAUCGUCAAAGCAACCUAUUCGACUGUUGCACCUAUCAUUUCGCGAUUUUCUCCUGGAUCCGAAACGAUCAGAGAUAGAUCCAUUUUGGAUAGACCAGGAAAAAGCCCAUAAGCAAUUGGCAACUGAUUGCUUUCGUAUAUUGAAGAAAUCGCUUCGAAAUGACAUUUGCGGAAUCCGCCAUCCUGGAACCGAACAUUCAUCUAUCGACCCGGAGAAGAUUAGCACAAUGUUGCCCGAUGAAGUCCGAUACGCAUGUGAGCACUGGGCGUACCAUCUACGUGAAUCCGGUGAAGAUGUAUUGGACGGUGGAGAAGUGCAUACGUUUCUCUCUGAGCACUUCCUCCGGUGGCUGGAGGCUUUGAGUCUAAUCAGGAGGCUGAGUCAGAGCUCGAAUACAAUAAGGAUUGUGCGGAAUUUGAUGCCGGCUAAGGACAAUUCACUAAUUGCGCGGUUCUUAGACGACGCUAUUCGAUUUAUUUUUGGUUUCGGCCAAAUCAUCCACCAGGCUCCCCUUCAAGUAUACUCAUCGGCACUUAUAUUUGCACCUCGAAAUAGCAUAAUCCGACUGUCUUUUGAAAAUCAAAUCUCAGGGUGGAUAUCUCUGAAACCAAAGGUUCCUCCCAAUUGGAGCUCAAACAUGCAGUUGCUUGAAGGCCACAAAGCCGAAGUAGUCAAAGUUGUCUUCUCACCCAACUCGAAGUUCGUAGCGUCAUACUCGUGGGAUGGGACCAUCAAACUCUGGGCCGCCGACUUGGGUACUCUUCUGCAGACACUGAAGGACCAUGGCCAAAUGGUAGAGUCAUUUGGAUUCUUCCCCGAUGGGGAGAUCCUGGGUUCAGUGUCAUCCGAUGGGGCCAUUCGGCUGUGGGAUGUUAACACGGGCGCGCUACUCCAGACACGAGACAUCCAGUUCGGGCCGGUCGGGUUCUUUUCAGCUGUUUUCUCAUCCGAUAUGAAGCUGCUGGUGACGGCAUCAUGCGAUAAGCUGGUCCGAAUCUGGGUGACCGGUACAGGCGCGCUACAGCGAACUCUCGAUGAUCACGAGAACAUGGUAAAUGUAACAUCGGUCGCAUUCUCAUCGGAUGCAGCACUCGUGGUCGCGAGCUCGAAUAGCCACAAAGUCUUGGUUUGGGAGACCGACACGGGUACGCUGCUACACGUAAUUACAGAUUUGGCUUGUGUCCAUUCUGGUGUCGAUUUUCCUGCCGAUUCGGUUUCGUUCUCGCCCAAUUCGAAGCUCGUGGCGUUCAGGUCGGAAAACAGCAUGGAAUAUACUGUCCGAAUCUGGGAUACCAACACGGAAGCGCUACUGCAAACGCUUUAUAAUGAUGAUAUUAUGGAUUCGGUCUCAUUCUCUCCAGACUCGAAGCUCGUAGCAAUAGCGUCAUGCGAGGAGAUCCAGCUCUGGGACGUCGACACAGGCGUCAUGCAGCAGGUUCUCAACGGUCAUAGGGAGGACGUUCUCUCGGUUAAAUUUUCGCCUGAUGGGAAGCUUGUGGCCUCGGGAUCACAGGAUGGUACUCUUCGGCUGUGGGAUGCUAAUAUAGAUGCGCCGUUAGAGACAGACUAUGAUGAUUUCAUCCUCUCACUCUCGCUCUCUUCUGAUAAAAAGAUUGUGGCUUCAGUAUCAGGCGACGGCACUGUCCGGCUCCGGGACACUUACUCGGGAACUCUACAGUGCACACUUGAAGCCCACAGUGCGCCUAUAGUAGAAGUUACAUUGUCACCUGACGGGAGGACUGUGGCCUCAAGUUCAAAGGAUGGAACUGUCCGACUGUGGGCUGUCGACACAGGUGCCCUUAGACACACUUGCAAAGAUUGUACUGGCAAUUCUAUCCUUGGCACUCGGCCAUUUGCGUUCUCUGCAGACUCGAAGCUUUUCGCGUUGGCAACAAGCUCCAAUAUUCUGCUCUGGGCCGUCGACACAGGUAGUCUACUAUUAUAUCACGAGUGGGACCCUUCGCGCUGGACACAUUCGCUCGUGUUCUCACCAGACUCGAAACUUUUAGCCUCAGUGUCGCCUGGAGCCAUGAACCUGUAUUCCACAGUCCCAGUCUCGGCAUCAUCGGACGGUACAGUCGAACCCUGUUCCUUGGUGAUUCACCGGACCCUCAAAGGUCCUGACAUUAGAUCUCCGUCAGGGCAUGGAGUGUUCUCGCCCGACGGGAUGUUGCUAGCAUUGCCAUGGCAUGAUAAGGAUAUUCGGCUUUGGGCUAUUGGCUCUGGUGAAUUACGGCACACUCUCGAGGGUCAUAGGACAACCGUCAAUGAAGUCGCGUUCUCACCCGACUCAAAAUGUGUGGCCUCAGCAUCGGAUGAUGAGACCGUCCGACUCUGGGAAACUGGCACAGGUAUGCUAUGCCGCGUCAUUGAAAUUGGUUUUCCUUUAAAAUGUCUUAAGUUUCUUUCUACCAACAAACUUCAAACUAAUGCUGGCAUUAUCACUGUUGACAAGCCAAACACGGAACCAUUUCAGUAUAUAACUCCUGUACUGCGUUGUGGUCAUAAUAGCUUUUCUGGCUUUGGCAUGAGUUUCGAUCACAGCUGGGUCACUUUGAACGGACGGAAUUUGAUUUGGCUGCCGCCAGAAUUCCGACCCACAUUGAGCCCUCCGUUUGUUUUUGGCUCUACGGUUGUGAUCGACUGCAAGUCUGAAAUUAUCGUCAUGCGCUUCUCAGAAGACGAAUUUCGGAGAUAUGGCGUUGUGAAUUAA